AAGAAAAAGACGCAUUUUCCCUCGGGGAAAAAAUUGCAAACUCUAAAAAAUAUCAGCGUUUGUCUAUGUAUAUAUAUAUAUGCAAAAGCGUAGAAACACAACGAGAGCGAAGAUUUCGCAAGGAGAAGAAGAGAAAUAAUGGUGGUUGUUCAGUUGUUUAGCUGGAAGCCAUUGAUUCUACCUUCUCAAGCUUUGAGACGCGAUCGAAUCCCAUCUUUCAACAGGAGAUUGAGUUUACACUCUCUACCUUUAGGUGGGAUUGAUUCUUUGAGAUGCCGAGGGACCUUCAAAGUCAAAUCUCAAAGGACAGGAGACAUAAAGGGUUUUCUGAAGGAUUUUAGUUCCAUGUUCCAUAAGAGUCUUCCAUAUAAACUUGUGUUAGGAUGCAUCCCACUGUAUACGGUUCUCAGAAUAAUGCAAAAGAUGUUUCAAGAGCUUCCACGCCUCAUUCAGAACUCGGUUGGGGCUGGCUUGCCUUUCGCUUGUGCAUCGAACUCUCUGAAUAAACCUACUCCUCUCAACUUGGACGUGUCAUUACCUUCUUUACAUGAUAUCAAAUGGAGCGUUGCAAGGUUUCUUUAUCUGUUCAAUAUUCAGGUUGAGAAGAACAUUGCCACGUUCCUUGUGGUGCUCCUGGUAGCAUGCCUAUCGUUUGUUAUGAUCGGGGGAUUCCUAUUUUUCCAGUUGAGGAAAGACAAUCUACCCUUAGAAGACUGUUUCUGGGAGGCCUGGUCAUGCCUCAUUUCCUCUUCUAGUCAUCUAAAGCAAAAGACACGCAUUGAAAGAGUCAUUGGAUUUGUCCUAGCCAUUUGGGGGAUUUUGUUUUACUCUCGGCUUUUAAGCACAAUGACGGAACAAUUUCGAAGUAAUAUGCAAAGGCUGAGGGAAGGUGCACAGAUGCAAGUCCUAGAAGCUGAUCAUAUCAUCAUUUGUGGAAUAAACAGUCAUCUUCCUUUCAUACUAAAGCAACUGAACAGUUAUCAUGAGCAUGCUGUCCGUUUAGGUACAGCCACAUCUAGGAAGCAGAGACUUCUGCUUAUGUCUGAUACUCCAAGGAAGCAGAUGGACAAGAUAGCUGAAGCGUACUCUAGAGAUUUUAAUCACAUUGACAUCCUAACAAAGAGUUGUAGUCUUAACAUGACGAAAUCAUUUGAGAGGGCUGCCGCUUGUAUGGCGCGUGCCAUUAUCAUACUACCAACGAAAGGUGACCGGUACGAAGUUGAUACAGACGCGUUUCUUUCUGUAUUAGCCCUUCAACCUAUACCAAAUCUGGAAUCCAUCCCAACCAUUGUAGAGGUAUCAAGCCCUAGUACGUAUCAUCUUCUCAAGUCCAUCGCAGGACUAAAAGUUGAACCGGUUGAAAAUGUUACCUCCAAAUUGUUUGUCCAAUGCUCACGUCAAAAGGAUCUGAUAAAAAUCUACAGGCACCUACUAAAUUACUCAAAAAAUGUAUUCAAUCUUUGCAGCUUCCCAAAUCUAGCUGGGAUGAGGUAUAGACAGUUAAGACUCGGGUUUCGCGAGGUUGUGGUUUGUGGCCUUUUACGAGAUGGGAAAGUAAACUUCCACCCAAAUGAUGACGAAAAGCUCAUGGAAUCCGAUAAAGUAUUGUUCAUUGCGCCUCUCAAUUGGAAGAAGAAGCAACUUCUAUAUACAGACAUGGAAAUAGAGAACAUUACACUAGAUGAGCCUGUUGAUACUCGGAAGCAAGUGUUUGAGAAGAAAAAAUCACGGCUACCGAAGAUUAUCAUGCGUCCUAGUAAGUCCUUAUCAAAGGGAUCAGAUUCUAUCAGAGGACCCAAAGAGUCUAUACUUUUACUUGGUUGGCGUGGAGAUGUUGUACAUAUGGUUGAGGAGUUUGAUAAUUAUCUUGGUCCAGGCAGUUCAUUAGAGAUAUUAUCAGAUGUACCAUUAGAAGACAGAAGAAGAGUGAGCGAUGGUAUAGGUUCAGUGAAAAUCAAGAACAUCCAAGUUUCACAUAGGGUUGGGAAUCCUAUGAACUAUGAGACGCUAAAGGAAACUAUAAUGCAUAUGCAAAGUAAAUAUAGGAAAGGCGAAGAUAUUCCUCUGACCAUUCUUGUGAUAUCAGAUCGAGACUGGCUUCUUGGAGGUAAGUGUUGGUGAUUACUUCUUGGUCUUUGGAUAUUUUGAUUAACACUUAACAAAGUAAUUUGAUGUUCUUUUAAAGAUCCAUCUAGAGCGGACAAACAAUCCUCUUACUCUCUUCUCCUCGCUGAAAGCAUCUGUAACAAGCUUGGAGUUAAGGUACAAAAUCUAGCUGCUGAAAUCGUUGACUCGAAACUCGGCAAGCAGAUAACAAGAAUCAAGCCGUCACUAACACUAAUAGCAGCAGAGGAAGUGAUGAGCCUUGUAACAGCACAAGUUGCUGAAAACAGUGAAUUGAACGAGGUGUGGAAGGACAUUCUAAACGCAGAAGGUGAUGAGAUAUACGUAAAGGACAUUGUGCUGUACAUGAAAAACGGCGAGAACCCUUCCUUCACCGAGCUCUCAGAGCGAGCUUGGCUAAGGAGAGAAGUAGCAAUAGGCUACAUAAAAGGCGGCAAAAAGAUAAUCAAUCCGGUUCCAAAGAGAGAGCCUCUUUCUCUGGAUAUGUCAGACUCAUUGAUUGUUAUAUCAGAGCUUGAAGGAGACCAACCCAUCAUACUAUGAAACUAUAAUAUACACAUUGUCAUAUUCUUACACAUGUAAUAGUUUCUUACACACCAAGCGACAUUGGGGGCAAAGGAGACCGACUCACACAACUGCAAAGCUUCAAAAUAAGUCGUUGAUUUUUGUACAAAGAAACAAAUCUAUUUUGUUCAUUGGUCAUACUUUUUUUUUCUUUUUGCUUUCUUAAUGAAAUAAAAGCCUAUUUGUCUCCAACUCUAGGUCGUUUACAUUCCAUUGUUACUAGCUCGAAGAGUCAGAUUGUAAUCUUCCCACUACUCAUGCAACAGAGAUGGAAACCAAAAUCAUAGGUUGUGGAUACAAG